CGCUUCCUAACUGCCUGGUUGCCUGCCUUCCCAGAGCCCUGAGGUUUUAAAAGCAACCACAAUGAACAAGUUCCUGUGCUGCACGCUUGUGUUGCUGGACAUUUCUGUGAAAUCGACUCUUCAAGAGACUGUUCCUCCAAAGCAUCCCUUUUAUGACCGUAAAAGCGGACGACAACUGAUGUGUGACCAGUGCCCCGCUGGGACUUACGUCCAAAAGCCCUGCACUGAGACAUCAAAGACUGUGUGUGCUCCGUGUCCAAAAGGCCAUUAUGAAGAUGACUGGAACUUCGAUGACGAAUGCUUCUACUGCAGUGCAGUGUGCCAGGAGUUGCAGUUUGUGAGGCAAGAAUGCAGCAGUACCCAGAAGCGUAUCUGUGAAUGCGUUGAAGGGAGGUACUUCGAACUGGAAUAUUGCGCAAAGCACACAAAGUGCCCUCCAGGGUUUGGAGUUGUUGAGAAAGGUACCCCUUGGACUGAUACUGUUUGCGAGAGAUGUCCAGAAGGCUAUUUCUCCAAUGAAUCUUCAUCCACAGCAGCUUGCCAAAAACUUGAGUCACAGAGCAGAGAUGCGAAAGAGGACAAUGUAUGGCAGGGAGAAAAAAACAGUAAAUCAGAUCAGCAAUGCGUAAUCGAUGUAACCUUGUGUGAGGAGGCAUUCUUCAGAUUUGCAGUUCCUACAAAACUCACCCCCGACUGGUUCAGCUCAUUAACAGACAGCCUUCCUGGGAAGAACAUCACUGCAGAAGCUUUAGAAAAGAUUAAACAAAGGCACAGCCCGCAGGAGCAGACCUUCCAGCUCCUGAAGUUGUGGAAGCAGCAGAACAAAGACCACAGCAUGGUUAUGAAAAUUGUACAAGAUAUUGAUCUUUGUGAGAACAGUGUCUUAAAACAGAUCGGCCACCUCAAUGUUACUCCUGAGCAGCUGAAAAUGCUGAUGGAAAAUUUACCUGGGGAAAAAGUUAGUAAAGAAGAGAACGAGCGUAUUGUGAAGGUGUGCAAAUCGGCGGAGCAGAUUCCCAAACUCCUCAAUUUGUGGAGAAUAAAGAACAGAGACCAAGACUCCAUCAAGGGACUGAUGUAUGGACUGAAGCACCUGAAAGCAUAUCACUUCCCCAAGACAACCAUUCAAGGUCUCAGGAAGAUGGUCAAGUUUCUCCGUAGUGUCACAAUGCAAAAAUUAUACCAAAAGUUUUUCUUAGAAAUGCUGGGGAACCAGGUCCAUUUGGUGAAAGGGAAAUCAGCGUAGUUUCCUCUACCUUCUCUUUCAUCCUUCACUUGCUGCUAGUAGUAAUAAUUAAAUGGGGAGGGGUGUUUUGCUGUAUUAAGCUUAUUUAUAUGUCUGGCUGGGAUGGCUCAGAGCCAUCUCAGACCUUUUGGAUUAGUAUUGUUAUAACACUAAAAUCCUGUUCUGGAACCCUUGUACAUCCAAAACUCCCAGUGAAUUCUGUGGGUGUGCAAAAACAACAACAAAUGCCAGAAGAGGUUUGACCUAUUCUUGCUAUUUAUAUUCACUGAAAUCUAGAAUGUUACAUAUAUUUAUUAAUUUAAAUGGCAACAUCAUGAGACUAAGGGUGGAAACAGAUAGCAACUUACUAAGCUAUGGUUCUAGUGAAUGAUUGGAAGGCACCUUAUAGAGUAACCUUGCCAGUAGGCCUGCCAACUCCUCAGUUGGGGUGGGGGAUUCCUUGCUCCAAGCUCCCAUUGCCUGCACUGUUGGCAGGGGAAAAACAAAAAUUCACCAGUGUUGUGAACAUAAUGAUGUCACUUCGGGGGAAAAUCUGGAAUCGAUAACAGUAGCCCUAGGAAUCACUGGAUUCUGGCAAUUCUUAAGAGUUACUGACUUUACUUCCAAGUUUUCCCUGGAAGUGACAUCAUCACGCUCAUGAUGACAGCACCUGCACCUCCAACCCUAUUGGCUUGUCUGGGUUUGUCAGAUCCUGGAUGGGAAACCUCCUUUGAAGAGUUUCACCUUACAUUCUGUGCUGAAAGGUGGGAUUUAAGGAGCUGCUGAUAAAAUAUCCUGUAUGGCAACCAUGUAGGAAACAAGAGCCACCAUGUUUUAGAGUAGAUAUGGUUAUUCUUCAGAAGUAUCUGGAGAGUCAGUUUGGUGUAGUGGUUAAGAGUGGCAGGACUCUAAUCUGGAGAACCAGGCUUGAUUCCCCACUCCUCUGCUUGAAGCCAGCUGGGUGACCUUGGGUCAGCUGCAGCUCUCUCUCAGCCCCACCCACCUCACAGGGUGAUUGUUGUAAAGAUAAUAAUAACACACUUUGUAAACCACCCCGAGUGAGUGUUAAAUUGUCCUGAAGGGUGAUCUAUAAAUUGAAUGUUAUUAUCAUCAUCAUCAUCAAUAUUUCAGUUUAUUGUAAAGUAGGCAAAGCACCUCCUUUAAAAAUAGCAUUGCCUUUUGCAAACUUGUAUGCAGAAUGUAAGCCUUUGGAUCUCAUUAUGUGACCUACUACUGAAGUCUUUGGUCCUUUCUACUGACAUGAAAUGGCACCAUAUAGAGAGAGUGCAAUCUUGCAUAGGGCAGAGACGAGGUAAUGCCCAUUUUGAUGCGUGGACAGAGUGCUGUGGAUAGCAUUCUUUAAGGGGCUGGAAUGGCCAUGUGGGAUCCUUUUUAAACCACAAGAGCAUGCCACAUGGAUGGGUGCCACAGCCAGGUGUCAGCUCACAUACCUUGUAUGUAGCAGGUCCCAGGUUCAGUCCUCAGCAUCUCCAACUAAAUUAUCCCAGGCAGCAAAUAUGAGGAAAGAUCCAUUCCCAGCCAAGAUCCGAGAGAGCCACUACCAGUCAGAGCGCACAACAAUAAGCCAGAUGGACCAUUGGCCUGACGCUGUACAAGGCAGAAUCCUGUGCCCAAACUGUCAUUUGUUUUCUACCCAUCCUCACAUUUAGAAAAGAAACACUGUCUAUAUUCAAGCUAAAAGGAAUGAGGAGGUAUAUUUAUAAACCACAUGCCUGUUACAGUUCAAGUAUAGAUCCUCCCUUCAUUCUUCUGUGGAUUUUUAAAGAUUGUUUCUUAGGUUUGUCUGUAUAGGUUGUGAUAUUGUUUGGGAGUGUAUUUUCUACCUUAGUCAGUUUUUUUUUUAAAAAAAGGUCACACAGUGAAAGUGUAUUGUUAACAUUAAAAUGUUACAUUAAAUACUGUCUUAGAAAAUGAAUGUACCGUAUUUAAAUGACCGGUUUUCAGAGUGGAUUUUGAUCAUGUUUAAUAAAGCUAUUACAUUUUUUUCCAGUUUA